AUGGCCGCGAACACGAUGCACGCGUCGUCGUUUACUACGAAUAAGAUGAAUAACGUGUUGGGGAGAUCGUCACGAAGAGGAGCACCAUCAUCAUCAUCGUGUUUGAGUGUAAGAAGUUCUCGCAACAACAAGGUGAAAAAAAGUAGCACAAUGAUAAAAGCGGCGAUGAUUGAGGAGGAAGUCGCUCUGGACGAAGCCCCGUUGACGCUUUUGCGACCGGGCGGGGAAGGCGACGCGAACGAAAUGCGCGCGAAAUUCGAGAAGAUGGUUCGACAGGCGCAGAACGAUAUUUGCAAAGCGGUGGAGGAAUUAGACGGGGGGAAGUUUCACGAGGACGCGUGGGAAAGACCGGGCGGGGGUGGAGGCAUCUCUCGAGUGUUGCAAGGCGGCAAGGUUUUUGAAAAAGCCGGGAUUAACGUGUCCGUGGUGUACGGGCAAAUGCCGCCGGAGGCGUACAGAGCGGCGACGGGAGGGCAAGGCGCCGGGACGGAGACGAUUCCGUUUUUUGCAGCCGGGAUUUCCUCGGUGAUGCACCCAAUCAACCCGAUGGCACCGACCGUGCACUUUAACUAUCGUUACUUUGAAACUGAUUCGCCGAGAGACGACCCGGGGGCGCCGAGAGCUUGGUGGUUUGGCGGCGGCACGGAUUUGACGCCGAGUUACAUUUUUCACGAAGACGUCGCGCACUUUCACGGGACGUUGAAAGGCGCGUGCGAUAAGCACGAUCCGGAAUAUUACCCGAGAUUCAAGCAAUGGGCGGACGAUUACUUCAUGAUCAAGCACAGAGGCGAACGCAGAGGCGUUGGUGGCGUCUUUUUCGACGACAUGAACGACCGACCGAAGGAGGAGUUGUUGGCGUUUGCCACGGACAUGGCGCAAGCCGUCGUCCCGGCGUACAUCCCGUUGGUCGACAAACACAAAGAUGAUUCAUUCACGCAAGAAGAAAAAGAGUGGCAGCAAAUGAGAAGAGGCCGAUACGUCGAGUUCAACUUGGUGUACGACCGCGGGACCACCUUUGGCUUGAAAACCGGCGGCAGAAUCGAGUCCAUUUUGAUGUCUUUGCCGCUCACCGCGAGAUGGCAAUACGACAUGCACCCGAAGGAAGGGAGUAGAGAAGCGGACGCGUUAGAUGCGUUCAUGAACCCGAGAACGUGGCUGGCGUAA